AUGGUCAACUUGAACACUAUCCCACCAAAAAAUAACAGGAACUACUAUAUUGCGCUCGGACUUGAAGGGUCCGCAAAUAAACUGGGCGUGGGUAUAGUUAAGCAUCCGCUUCUGCCUAAGCAUUUCAACAGCGAUCUGUCAUAUGACUGUGAGGCGGAGAUGCUUUCUAAUAUCAGAGACACAUAUGUGACUCCUCCCGGGGAGGGAUUUUUACCUCGUGAUACAGCGAGACAUCACAGAAAUUGGUGUGUAAGGCUAAUCAAACAAGCGUUGGCAGAAGCUAACAUCAAAGACCCGGCAUUAGACCUCGAUGUGAUCUGCUUCACUAGGGGCCCCGGGAUGGGUGCGCCUCUACAUUCAGUUGUCAUUGCUGCCAGAACAUGUUCGUUGCUGUGGGACGUGCCCCUAGUGGGGGUAAACCACUGCAUAGGCCACAUCGAAAUGGGAAGGGAAAUCACCAAAGCCAAGAACCCUGUGGUACUAUACGUAAGUGGAGGUAAUACACAGGUUAUUGCAUACUCUGAGAAACGUUACAGAAUCUUUGGUGAAACGCUUGAUAUUGCUAUCGGCAACUGCCUUGAUAGAUUUGCGAGGACUCUGAAGAUACCUAAUGAGCCCUCACCAGGAUACAACAUCGAGCAAUUGGCUGAAAAGGCUCCUCACAAGGACAACCUGGUGGAACUUCCAUACACAGUGAAGGGAAUGGACCUUUCGAUGAGUGGUAUCCUGGCUUCCAUCGAUUUGCUGGCGAAAGAUCUGUUUAAGGGCAACAAGAAAAACAAGACCUUAUUCGACAAGAAAACAGGUGAGCAAAGGGUAACUGUGGAGGAUCUUUGUUAUUCCCUCCAAGAGAACUUGUUUGCUAUGCUUGUUGAGAUAACAGAAAGAGCCAUGGCUCACGUCAACUCCAAUCAGGUUUUGAUCGUUGGCGGUGUAGGUUGCAAUGUGCGACUACAAGAAAUGAUGGCCCAAAUGUGUAAAGACAGGGCCAAUGGACAGGUGCAUGCUACGGAUAACAGGUUUUGUAUUGAUAAUGGAGUCAUGAUUGCGCAAGCAGGGCUACUAGAGUAUAGAAUGGGCGGCAUUGUGAAAGAAUUUUCUGAAACCAUCGUUACACAGAAAUUCAGAACUGAUGAGGUAUAUGCAGCCUGGCGUGAUUAG